CCAGGAGCCCCGUUCGUAGCGUCCGAUCGCUCCUAAUAUGUUAACGUUAGCCGUCAAUUGCACCGUCUCAAAGCCAUUUCCACACCUCGGACGCACACGACCAGUGUUCAUGCUGCGAUCACUAUCUCAUGCUGCACUGGAGCACUCCCGGGCAGUUUCAAGCCUUCAAAGGUCAACAACGUUGCUGGAUUUGGCCUAUGAGAGUGAAGAAGACACAGAUGCCAGGACAGUCAGCUGGCUUCAAUGUUGGCACUGUUGAGUUGAAUCAGUGGCAUGAGCUUCAUGAUCUUCUCUUUUAGCCCGCCCUUAGUUGGGAGGCCAUCGCUAGUAGGUUGGAGGCCAUCACUAGUCUCCUCUUUUGGCCCGCCCUUACUUAAUUCAGUAGGCGCCCACUUAAUUAAGAGAGUAAGCUGCUAGCUACGAAAAAGCUUCUAGCAACUGGACGCAGGAUAGCUCACGCUUCCUUGAAGAAGCGCUCGCACUAAUGAUUUGGUUCCUAGAAUUUUACAGACACGUACUUAAUCUUAGUUAGCCAUACUGCUUCAACAUUCUUUGGAUGCACGCUUCAUGGUUUACAACCGGUUCUGUUAGUCACCAAGGAUUAUCAGCCUGCUUGGACAUGUCUAAGGCGGGUGGGGCUUUGCAUUGGCUACUUGGUUCCCUCAUGGGGCCAUUUGAGCCUGGCGAACGUAGGACGCUCCUGGGCCGCUGGCUUUUGCGCACUUUGGCACUGCUACCUUUUCGCCACGUCAGCGACCUUGCUCUUUGUGAACUCCGCCGCCACCAUUCUCCAAUGCUAUAUCCAGUGGUUUUCAACCACCAGUGUUCAUUUGACAAGCUUCCAAGAGCUAGAGUUCAAAACCCAGAACUCGAUUCACUUCAUUGGGGCCUUUUUCAGGUCCUACAUUUUGCUCAGUGUGACCUCAGAUGUGAUGCGUUUCGCGUAUUUGCUUUGCAAGGAUGCAUGGCGUGCAGACGUUUUUGAAGCUUACCGCCGCCUUUGGGCCUGCGAUGCAUGGAAUGAAGUGAGCGCAGGGGAAUUCUACAGCCACAACUGGUCAAUGUGCUUAAGCCGGCGGCAGAAGAUUUGCGAUGUCAUUUGCCAAUGCUUUCUUCAUGCUUCCAUCGACCUAGUGCCAUUUCUCCUCUUUCUCUACGGCAUCAAUGAAAAGGAAACGACCCAAGUGUUCUUGUGCCGCAUUUGCCUUUGCAUUGGAAUUGUUCACAUCUUGGUCUUCUAUUUUCUUUGGUUGUGCACGGACGUUGCCCUGAAACUCCACCAUUUCGUGGGCGCUUGGGCCAUGGCGCGUGGUCAUUCCCCAGCUCGACACCGAACCUACUCGUAUCACCCGACGGCUCCGGGUGUUCCUUAUUCCGAAUGCCGCUCGCUUUAUGCCCUUUGUGCGGCUCUGGUGCACGGCUUUCUGAAAGUGCUUCCUGUAGCCAUGGCCAUUGCAACGCUGAUCUUCGGGCUCCUGGUUUCUCCCAACUGUUAUGCGGUGGCUGCAGGAAUGGCCCUCUCGAGCAUCAUGCUCACCUUGCAAAUUCUUGGCCCAGUGGAUACCAUCACCAUGGGAAAUAUGCGGCUUUUAGAUCCAUGGUUUCCGAUCCCUGAAGAGCUACAACAGUGGGCUGAGCAGUGGUGCGAUCUAGGCUUUAGUGAGCAGAAGCAAAAGCAGCAGCCGUUUCUUUUGAUGUUGGGUUUCUCAGCCUUGGCUUUUGGAUUCUUCGGCUUUCCGGGACUCACCAUGGUGUGCAUUUUGCUGCUGGUGUGCGUAUUGCUGGAGCUGCUGGUGCUGCGCGCCGCGGGGAGAUUGUCCUGGUUAUGGUGCUUUCUGGAAUCCGCGGUCGAGACACUGAUCUUAAUCUACAUUAUGCUUUCUACAGCGUCCGAUGCCUUGGCAGACUGCACAGUGAUGAUACUUUUGCUUGUCAUGAGACAGUUCGGCUUCCAGCGGCAGUUCCAUGGUGGAGAACGGCUGCGCCACGCGAGCGUCAACAUCUUCGGAGUGGUUCAUGUUUUUUUUGUUGUCCUUGUUUGCUUUGCCAUGCAGACCUAUGGUGAAGAUACUGAGUGGAGCGCGUUCGGAUCACCAUUGAAUUCAACUGCUUUUACUGCUAUUCAUCAGGUCCCUGAACAUUCCACGUGGCUUAAGGAUGCUUACCCGGUGUGUGGCAUUCAAUUUCGCCACCAGCACAAUGGAACGCAACGGUACUUUCAUCUGGCAGAUUUAGCAUUGAUGGCAUCUUUGACCUAUGAACCACGGAGCCGAGUGUCUGAAGCGUGUGCUCACUUCUUUCAAUCCAGCUGGCACGUGGAGACGAUCGACUCUAAGUUUCUGAAGCAGAACGAGGUGAAAUUCCUUCUUUUUACGUCUGCUGACAAUCGCACGACAGUCAUUGCAGUGAGGGGCACAUUGGACUUCUUGGACGUGUUGCAGGAUGUAUCGCUGUGGCUGGUGCCUGCGCUUCUUCAAAUCUUCAAUUAUGUGGGGCUGGAUGUCUCAUUUGGCCCUUGGGGUAUGGCUAUGGCUGGACUAUCCCAGCUCAUCCCUAUGGCCAACAUCGACAGGGAAACCACCUUCAAGUCGGUUUUGUUGGCCACUGAAUUCAUGAUGAAAGAGCAUCCGGAAAGACGUUUCUAUUUGACGGGCCACUCCUUAGGAGGUGGGGUCGCCAAGCUCGUUCAGCUCCUUUUGGACACGGAGAGUGUGAAGCCACAGACUGUUACCUUCUCGGCGCCGGGGGUUCAUUAUGCUGCCCAUGUGCUCUUGGAAGACCGCUUCAUCAAUCUUCAUGAAAAAUUUGAGCGACAGAUGGGCUUAUUGAUGACCAUUCGACCUGGGCGUGACCUGAUUUCUUUGAUUGAUCAUGGUAGUGGCGCCACUCUUCGAGUUCCAUGUCGGGGCAAUGCCUAUCAGUGCCAUAGUAUUUAUCGGACUCUUUGGAGCAUUCUGGACAUUUGUGGUGCUCCAAAACAUUUGCCGCAUCUCUUCGUACCGUGCAGCUGGUCACCCGACGCUUGCUGAAAGUGGUAGCCCCGAAGGAGUGAUGAGGUCCGGAUGAGUCCGGAGUAGUCCGGAAAGGUGACAAAAAAGGAAGUAAAAUCGGAAUAGUCCGAAAGGGUCCUCAGUCUUCCCAAAGAUGAAAGAUGAUGCAGAAAAGCAGGUGAAAGAGAAGAGAAACAAGGAAGCCUUUAGAAACAAGUGCAUCGCUUCUAGUAACAAGUAACAAGUGCCUUAAAUGGAGAAUUCUGGUAGAGGAUGGCAGGUGCAGGGCCCAAUGAGGCACACCAAAAACGGCAGACUGGCCAGUCAGGGGCCCCGUGAGGGGUGAGGAAUGCGACAUCUAAGAGGUCUGAUGUCGACAAGAGACGGUUGCAAGGGUUGGAGGCCUUCGCAAGUAGCUUGGAGGCGGACGACUGGCAGCAGUGAUUGCAGCUUCAUAGCCGGGCCAUAGCGAUGAAACAAACAUCGAACAGCGAGUUGAGAGGCCGAAAAGCCCUAUUCAAUCACCCAAAUCGUGACAGAGACAAAGUGAGAGCAAAGAUGGAAGAAAGAGU